AAGUGAUGUCACACUUGUGAAGAAGAGGCUGAUUGGCUGGUGUGUGUCUGAUGUGUGUGGUUUGUCAAAGGAAACAAACAAACUUGUUGCACAAAGACAGUGAAGAUGGGAGAGAAGCUGCUGCUGCUGCUGCUCGCCGCCAGCGCCGCUCUGGAGAUGAGUGUGAUCGGCAGCCUCCAUCAUGGCCUCCAUCAUGGCCUCCAUCAUGGCCUCCAUCAUGGCCUCCAUCGUGGCCUCCAUCGUGGCCUCCAUCAUGGCCUCCAUCAUGGCCGCUCCAUGCCCGGCUCUCUGUCCAACAUCAGCAGGGACGACCGCAGCCUCCAGCAGGUCGUGCUCGCCGCCGCCUACUCCUUCAACAACCAAUCAAAUGAUGCCUUCCUCUUCAAGCCGUCUGCCAUCCGCCGAGCGCAGCGACAGAUCGUUAAAGGAAUUCGUUACAUCGUCGAUUUGGACCUUUCCAGAACGGUUUGUCGUAAACGAGACGACGACAGCGACUUGUCGAGGUGUCGCUUCCAACCCGAAGGUCGACUACACCAGGUGUUUCAGUGUCACUCCGUCAUUUGGGUGAUUCCCUGGAGACACGAGACAAACAUUCAGAUUUUCUUCUGUAAAUCCAGAAGCUUCCGGAUCCGAUGAACCACGUGGUCACAUGGUCUCACCUGUCCGUCAUCGAGUCAACACUUUGCAAGCAAUAAAAGCUGUUUAAUAAUAA